UUAUUUAGUUGGUGCUAAAAUUCGUGGUGUAGAAAUUGUUGCUGAAACUCGGUAUGAUUCCAGUAAUGAAAUAACCUAUACAAUAACAUGGAAUAGUCAAGAUAAAAAAAAGAAUUCAGUAUUAAGUAAUAAAUCCGCAAGUAACGUUGCAACUUUGUUUUUUCAACUUAAGGCCUUGGCUUGUAACCUUCGUAAUGAAAUUGAAUCUACAAUUCAAUUACAUAAUUUUUAUAGUACUGAAUUAAAAUCUAUAGAAUUAAAUAUAAAUGAAUUGCAUGUUAAUUUUCAAAAUUUAAAUUCUAAAAAAAAUGAAUCAUAUCAACUUCUAGAUUUGAUUGUCUGUGCUUGUGAUGAACUUCUAAUUUCCCGUGAUAGGUAUCAUCAGCUUGCUACUAUUAUACCUGAGAUGGAGCAUGCUUAUAAAGUUGAAGAGCAUUGUCAAGAAAUAACAAAAAUUAUGAACAAUAUAAUCCCAGUUCAUACAGUUCAAAUAAAUUCUAUAACUCCAAAUAGAGCUUACCGGUCACUUAAAAACAUUUUACUUGCUUUAAUUCCUGAAUUAGUAUAUGGUGUUUCACCAACAUUACAUAUAGGAGAUAUUAUUUACAUCAAAUUAAGUGGGGAUAGGUGA